UCCUACUGACAUUUUUCAAUCAAUUGAACAUUGUGAGUUAGUUCAUAUUUUUGAAUACAUUUGAAUUUUUUCACAAUGAAUCAGUUUAUGUUCGCCUAAUAAAUCACUCUUUUCUCACGUAACAUCACACCGAGACUACAAGAGUGAAAGUGAAAUCAUAACAGCGUGUCGAACGCAACCCAUUAUUAUCAGCACCUGUCGCAGCAUAACUCAGCACUUCCGGAUGCUUUCGUUACCUCAUUGUCACCUACGCCAGAAUGACUGACCGGUUAAUUUAAUAACGAUGGCAAUCAUCCCAUUCUGACUUGCGUCCAACGCAAGCCACCAGUCGAUCGUUGAACCUCCCAGUGGUCACACCUCACCCAAAAUGGCGCUCCUCAAAAAACUUGCCAUGACCCUUCUGAUCGUAGCCGCCACCGUCAACGGGCUAAAGUACAUCACGCCAUGGUCUGACGAGAGUCCCGUCUGCGCCGCCAACAACAACAAACUCCUAUCGCUGUUCAACCUGCUGUGCAACGCCACCCAGACCAUGUCGAUAACGUCGCGGGACGCGUGCUACGGGUGCUUCUUCCGGGCCGGAGUACUCCCGGCGGGUCAAACCCAGCUGCUGGCCAUCAGUCAGUGCGCCACGUUGUACCUGAUGAACGGUAGCUACGCCCUUUGCGCAGCUGGGUUGGCGGCCAUCACCACCGGAAUGCGUCCGACGACGGCACCGACCCUCGGGACCAACUGCUUCACCGGCUACUGCGAGUUUGUCCAGUGCGUACGGCGUACCAACGCCAACUCGCUGAUCAACCAGUGCAUCUUGCAGACGCUCAACAACAAGGACCUGAACAUUGAGUCCCAGCGGGUCGGGUUCUACGUCAACGCGACAUCGUGCAUUUUGGCGCGAGCUCGCUGUAACCCGUACAACCCAAUUACCGGCGAGCUACGGAGUCCGGUGGGACCGAGCCAUCCACUGCUGGGAGUGCGGAGCACGGACGCACUGGCCAAUUCGCUGCAGGUUUCGCCGGUUGGAGAUCUGCGCAUCAUUUCCUUUCACUCGCGGGUGAUCGUGGCAGAUUUGUUCUGCUCAAGCCGAACCGUGCUCGAUCAGUCGACGUACGGCGAUGCCGUGUGUUGAGUGCGGAAAUUUAGAAACUUAGUGUUGUAACAUUUUCAUACAUCUCAAUAAAUCUAACAGCUUCAU